CUAAAAUAUGACAACAAAGUUUUUAAGGCAUGUGAUCAUGUCGAUUUAUUAACGCAAUUUUACAACAUAAUUUCAUCGACAAAUGAGAUGCUGAACGACGAAAAUUUUGACGACGAAAAUCAAAUCGCUUAAAUUUCGGCGUCUUUUAAACUUCUACGUAUUGAUGACAUCAUGCACAGAACUUUGCGCGGGUAAAAAUGGCGGAGGGAGCACCUAUAGCUGAGCAGCAAUCAUCAUUUGCAUUUAAAGUCACAAACUGUAUGAGAAGGAGGACACUAGGGGUGAUAGCAAAAGAUUUCGGACAGCUAAAAUAUAAAUGUGAACAGAAGUUCGGGCUGGAAAAUACUAUGUUUGUGUUGGAAGAGGAUAGCUGCGAAGUUGACGACGAAUAUUUAUCAGUUUUACCCCCAGACACAAAAUUGAUGUGUCUGGGGGAAGGAGAGACAUGGUCCAUCAAACGAAAGGAACCAGCUUCUGAACAGGGAGAGGAAAAUAUCAUGACACUGAUAGAAGAUUUGAGGAAGAAGAAACUGAAGGCAGAGAGACACCAGGCAUUUAAGCCAAAGGAGCGAACAGUGUCUGUGCAAGUUGGAUGGAGCAACUAUUCUUUCAAGGACCAGAGGUAUCAGUUGGUUAAGACAACAAGAGAUAAACCCAACUCUGGACCCAGAAUGAUAAAGCUAGACAGGAAGUUAACUAUGUCAUCAGUUGCAAACACAUUGAAGGAUUUGUUUUUCCCCCAAGGGAAGAGCCCUCUAGGAUCCCAGAGAAACUUCACAUUCAAUGUGGGUAACUUUCAAGGAGACAUCAUCAAUCGAACAGUAACUGUUGACGAGUAUGUUAGUACUCACACAAAACCAAGAUUGUAUCUACUAUCAAAAGCAGCUACACUUUUGUCUGCAUUAGAUUCUGACUCUGACUCUGAUUUUGAAUUGCCACCAAUUGUGUUCAAUACAAGGCAACACCAAGCAACAGCCACAGUGACAUCAGACUCCAUUGGUAAUCUGAAUGAUGUUGUUAUAAAUGUGGACCCAACUGUGACCCCACCUGGUACACCAACUGCACCCACUGAACAAACUGGAAGCACUGAUGUAUUCUUAAACUCAGGCACACCAACAAAUGUGACAACCAGGGCAGCAACUUUCCUUCGGGCAAAUGUGGUAUUCAACAGGCAGUCAUUCACCCCCAAGUGUACAAUAUGCAUGGAGAGAGAUCGGAAUGCAUUUCUGAUUCCAUGCGGCCACCAGUAUUGUAUGGUUUGCGCAACUCAUCUAGAAGGAACAGCUGCACCAUGUGCUUUCUGCAGAAGGGUGAUAUCUUCUGUGGGGAGGCUUAUGUAG